AUGUGCUUGACAGAAGAAAAGCGAGAGGAACACGAGCAGUUUGUACAGUCUGCGGUAAAAAAACAACAACGAAAUAAACGCAAGCGAGAGCCGAACAUGUACGUGGCUGCCGUGCUGGAAUGCACAGUACGUAGAAUUUGUAGCGAAGUAUGUUCAAGUUAUUUCUGUCUUUGUUCGCAUUCAAAGAGGAGGAAACUCAGCACAUUCGAAGAACCUAUAAUAACUGGAAAAGCCUCGGAGAAAAUCGAAUCUGCUAACGAUAAAGAAGAUGUGGUUAACAAGGUACAAGCGAUUAAUUUCAAGUCAAGUGGCGAUGGUAAUGCUUUCAGUGAAGUUCACGGAACAUGUGUUAUUCCGCAAACACCGCAGAGGGUACCCAGUAGUGAGACUGACGCGGAAGACUUUCUGAACAAUUUAUCGCUGGAAUUAACCGAGUUGCCAUCAUUUGAGGAGGUAGAUGGGCUGUUGAAAGAGAUCGAGUAUGGUUUAGACUUGGAUGUUCUAGAAGAAGAAAUCGGUGCGUUACUGAGCACGGACGAUCCAUUUCAUCCUGGUUUACUUGAGGGACUAUUUUACUUGUGA